GAUUGAAUUUCAACAUGUUUUGAUUGUCGUUUAAAUUUAAAAUGACUUUCACAAGGAUUGAAAAUAAUCUCAAAAAGUACUUUGGAUACGAAAACUUUCGUCCUUUACAGCAAGAAGUUAUCACCUCUGUACUAGAGGGUAAGGAUGUGUUCUUUUUGGCUCCUACAGGAGGUGGGAAAUCUCUUUGUUUCCAACUUCCAGCUUUGCUAUUGGAGGGAAAAGUGUCUUUUGUCAUCAGCCCUUUAGUGGCUUUGAUAGAAGACCAAGUGAAUAAACUAACAGCCUUAAAUAUAAGAGCCUAUAGUAUACUGAGUUGCCAAGGAAAGAAACACAAGGAAAGGAUUUUCUCCCUAUUGGAACAAAGUCACAAGGAGAGAUUACCUUCUUUGAUAUACCUGACGCCUGAGUGUGUUUCGACAAACAGAUUCCAGAAAUUGUUAAAGUCUUUGUAUAGAAACAAAGAGAUUGGAUUGUUUGCAGUAGAUGAAGCACAUUGUAUUAGUUGCUGGGGUCAUGACUUUCGACCAAAAUAUCGAAGACUGGAGAUAUUGAAGCAGUUAUGUUGUGAUAUACCUAUCUUGGCACUUACUGCAACAGCCACAAAAAUGGUAGUGGAUGAUAUCAUUACUUGUCUUGGAAUGAAGCAAUGUAUUCAAUUUCGACAAAGUUUCAAUAGACCUAAUAUUUUCUACCAAGUAAUUCAUGAGAGCCAAUUGUCAAUGAAUGUCAUGGAUGAUUUGAAAUGCUUUGUAUCCUCUUUUGGAAAUUCUAGUGGAAUAAUAUAUGCAAGGCAAAGAGAAGUGACAGAAUACUUGUGUCAAAAACUCAUUGCAUCAGGUAUAAAGGCAGGUGUUUAUCAUGCUGGAAAAAAGGCUUGUGAAAAGCAAAAGACUUUAAAGGAUUGGCUUUCUAACGACCUCUCUGUCAUCUGCUGUACGGUUGCUUUUGGAAUGGGCAUUGAUAAACCAGAUGUUCGAUUCGUUAUCCAUUUCAAUCUCCCAAAGAGUUUGGAAAACUUUUAUCAAGAAAGUGGAAGAGCUGGAAGAGAUGGGUUUCCAAGUUGCAGUCGUUUGUAUUACUCCUCAUCCGACUUUUUCAGUUUGCAAGAAAUGUCGAGAGGUAAAGAGUAUAUGCCAUCCACCUACUUGGAUAAAUGUAGUAGAGGUAUAGAAGCACUAUAUGAGUUUUGUAAUCAACCCAUCUGUCGGAGAAAACAACUUGUCAAAUAUUUCGGAGAAACUUUUUCAGGCAUUUGUGACUCUUGCGAUAUUUGUUUCUCAAAAUUCUGUACGAUGUCUCCUAAUUCAUCAGUAAUGAAUAACCUUCCGAAAGAGACUGAAGCAUCUCUUGGGGAUCCUGUUUCCGAUAAUCGAUUGGCUUCUACCUUUUGUACAGCUUUUCAAUUGCUAGCUGAAGAAGGAAGAGCAAAACCGAAAUAUAGAGAAGACAAUAUAAGAGCCAUUGGUAUUGUAGACCAUGGGAAUCAUCACGAAACGAACACUUGUCACAAACGUAAAAUAUCCGAUGAUUCUAUGGUCAGAGAUGAAAAACAAAGACGCCAAACUAAAAUGUCCAAAACCCAAAACAUAAAUCAGAAAACGUUGCUAAGGUGGUUUUCUGAGACAAUGUGACUUUAUUGUAUGAGAAUUUUCUGAAUUUCUUUGCAGACAUUUCUUUCGCAUGUAUCUUAUAAACAACUAUAAGAUUGU